CUUCAGGACCAGCUUUCUGUCCAGUUAACAGCUCUCGGCUACAGACAACUGGGCAUGAGCCCAGGAGGCAGGGCUUGGGGGCUCCUGUCCUUCCUUACUGCCUUACUUGAGCAAGACCCUUGCCUCCUCUGAGUCUCAGGACCCGCCUGCCCCACGCAGAAAGGGGACCAGAUUAUCUCAAAGAUUAAUCACAGCUGACUGUGAGUCUGAAGUUCUCUUUUCUAGGUUUGUGGCCUCUUGUACCUACCACAGGCUUCCUGUCUGAACUUCCUCUGUCCUCCCACAGCCCACGGAUUCCUUUCUCUGUCAGAGGGACCACAGAAGGCAAACUGUCCCAGGGCACGACAGAGGGAUGCCGCUGUGCCUGCUGCUGCUGUGUGGAGGGCCCCUGCUUCGGGUUCUGGGCUACCAGCUGGAGCUACAGGAGUCCGUGACUGUCCAGGAGGGCUUGUGUGUCCACGUGCGCUGCAAAUUUUUUUUGCCCUGGUUUAGCUUUGGAUUCAUCCCCAUAUCUUGGUUCCAGAAAGGGGCAAAUGUUUACUACGAUCCUCCAGUGGCCACAAACAAACCAGACAGGAAGCUGCAUGAGAGGACCCAGGGCCGGUUCUUCCUCCUUGGGGACCCCCAGACCAAGGACUGCUCCCUGUACAUCACAGAUGUCAACAUGGGGGACAGUGGGACUUACUUCUUACGUGUCGAAACACACUCAUAUCUAUAUAAUAUGCUUUCUCUGAAUGUGACAGCUCUGACCCACACACCUCACAUCCUUACCCCGGGGACCCUGGAGUCCGGCCGCCCCGGGAACCUGAACUGCUCUGUGCCCUGGGCCUGCGAGCGGGGAAUGCCCCCCAUCUUCUCCUGGACGUCAGCCGCCUUCACCUCCCUGGGUCCCAGGACGCGCCUCUCCUCAGUGCUCACCCUCACCCCACGGCCCCAGGACCAUGGCACCAACCUCACCUGUCAAGUGCAAUUCCCUGCAAUUGGUGUGAUGGUGGAAAGGACCAUCCAGCUCAAUGUCACCUAUGCUCCACAGAACACGGCCAUCAGGAUCUUCCAAGGAAACAGAAUAGCCCUAGAGACUCUGCAAAACACCUCAUCCCUUCUCAUCCGGGAGGGCCAGGACCUGCGGCUGCUCUGUGCUGCUGCCGGCAACCCCCCCGCCGAGCUGAACUGGUUCCGGGGGUCCCCUGCCCUGAAUGCCACCCCCAUGUACAGGACCCACAUCCUGGAGCUGCCUCAAGUCGGGGCUGCCGAGGAAGGAGUCCUCACCUGCCGAGCUCAGAACUCGCUGGGCUCCCAGCACAUCUCCCUGCGUCUCUCUGUGGUCUGCUCCCUUCGGCUGCUCGGCCCCUCCUGCUCCUGGGUGGGCGAGGCGCUGGGCUGCACCUUGCGCUGGCGGCUGGGGGAGGGGCUGGUUGAGGGGAACCACAGCGAUGCCUUCUUGACCGUCACCUCCAGCUCCGAGAGGCCCUGGGCCAACAGUUCCCUGAGCCUCAGGGGGCCGCUGGGCUCUGACCUCAGACUCAGCUGCGAGGCCCAGAAUGAGCACGGGGCCCAGAGCACCGCCGUCCUGGUGCUGCGGCCAGAUAAGCCAGGACCCAGGGCCAGUGGCGUCCUGGGAGCCGUCGGGGGAGCGGGCAUCAUGACCCUGCUAUUUUCUCUCUGCCUUUGUCUCAUCUUCAGAGUGAAGACCCUCAGGAAGAGAGCAGCCCAGCCAGUGCAAAUCAUGGAUUUGAACCCAGCCGGUGACUCAGGCUCUGGGGCGCAUCGGCACCGGGUCUGGACAGACAUCCCUGCAGACCCCCCAGCUCCUGCUGGGACUAGCCCCAUUUCAGGAGAAGAACAGGAACUCCACUAUGCUUUCCUCCGAUUUCCCAAGCUGAAGCCUCGGGAACAGGAAGGCAUCAACACCGAGUACUCAGAGAUCAAGACAUACAAGUGAGGAAUUGUUUGUCUCAUAGUUCUGGAGCCUGGAAGUCUGAGAUCACGUGUCAGCAGAGGUCUCUCGCCUUGGCUUGUAGAUGGCCGUCUUCUCCCUGUGAACUUACCUGGUCUUCCCUCUGUGUGUCCGUGUCUCAAUUUCUUCUUCUUUUUAUUUUUUUAAACAUUUUUUAACGUGUUUUUUCUUUUUGAGAGAGAGAGUGCAAGCAGGGGAGAGGCAGAGAGAGAGAGAGAGAGAGAGAAGGGCAGAGGAUUCGAAGCAGGUUCUGCUGAUAGCACAGAGCCCAGUGCAGGGCUCCAACUCACGAACCAUGAGAUCAUGACCGGAGCUGAAGUCAGAGGCUCAACCAACUGAGCCACCCAGGUGCCCCUCAAUUUCUUCUUCUGAAAAAAAAAUUUUUUUAACGUUUAUUUAUUUUUGGGAGAGACAGAGACAGAGUGUGAACAGGGGAGGGGCAGAGAGAGGGAGACGUGGAAUCUGAAACAGGCUCCAGGCUCCGAGCCAUCGGCACAGAGCCUGUUGCGGGGCUCGAACUCACAAGCCAUGAGAUCAUGACCUGAGCCGAAGUCGGACGCUUAACCGACUGAGCCACCCAGGCGCCCCAAUUUCUUCUUCUUAUAAGGACGCCACAUAUACUGGAUUAGGGCCCACCCUAGCGACCUCAUUUUAUCUGAAAUUGUUCCUUUAAAGACCCUACUCCUGUAGUCACCUUGAGAGUCCUGGUCGUAUCCCUUCUGCCAAUUCCUUCUAGUUUCCUAGUGUCCUGGUGUCUUGUCCAGCUUCCCACUGGACAGUAAGUAGUGUGUCCUGGCCGGUCAAAUUCCCCCCCUAUCUCUUCGCAGAAGAGAAUGGACUUCUCCCUAGGUGUUUGGAGAAUGCAAGGCAACAUAAGUUAAUGAAAGACUGCCUCCCCAUGUUUAGAUAUUGGAGUG